AUGGAUUCCACUUCUGGCAAUCAGCUGCUCAGCUUCAUGGAUGCCUACUCCGGCUAUAACCAAAUCAUGAUGCACGGGGAUGACAAGGCGAAAACUUCUUUCAUCAUCGAAAGAGGGACCUACUGCUACAAGGUCAUGCCCUUUGGGCUGAAGAAUGCCGGAGCAACCUAUCAAAGGCUCGUAAACAAAAUCUUCAAAGAACAGAUCGGCAAAACUAUGGAGGUCUACGUGGAUGACAUGCUGGUCAAAGCCCCGAACCGCGCAGAUCACAUUGGAAAUCUUGCCGAGUCAUUCAGCUUGCUCCGCCAAUAUCGCAUGAAGUUGAAUCCAAGUAAAUGCACGUUUGGUGUAUCCUCCGGCCGAUUCUUGGGAUACCUAGUCACGCAACGAGGUAUCGAGGCACACCCACGUCAAAUCAAAGCCAUUCUCGAGAUGAAAUCGCCCUUCACGGUGAAAGAAAUACAAAGUCUGACGGGCAGAGCAGUGGCCCUCAACCGGUUCCUCUCGAGAUCAACCGACAAGUGCAGACCAUUCUUCAAAGCUUUGAAGAAAGGGCAAAGAGACAAAUGGGAUGAGGAGUGCGAAGUGGCUUUUCAAAAUCUGAAGACUUACCUCACCUCACCUCCCAUGCUCUCAAAGCCGGUCCCUGGUGAGGACUUGUUCGUAUACUUGGCAGUGUCCAACUCAGCUAUCAGUUCAGCUCUCAUCCGAGAAGAGCUGGGGGCCCAACAUCCGGUAUUCUACACGUCAAAAGCUCUCCUCGAUGCAGAGACUCGCUACCCAAAAUUGGAGAAACUUAUUUUGGCUCUUAAAGGGCAAAGAGACAAAUGGGAUGAGGAGUGCGAAGUGGCUUUUCAAAAUCUGAAGACUUACCUCACCUCACCUCCCAUGCUCUCAAAGCCAGUCCCUGGUGAGGACUUGUUCGUAUACUUGGCAGUGUCCAACUCAGCUAUCAGUUCAGCUCUCAUCCGAGAAGAGCUGGGGGCCCAACAUCCAGUAUUCUACACGUCAAAAGCUCUCCUCGAUGCAGAGACUUGCUACCCAAAAUUGGAGAAACUUAUUUUGGCUCUUGUAGUUUCUGCGAGAAAGCUGCGACCCUACUACCAAGCUCAUCGAGUCAUCGUCAUGACCGACUUUCCUUUGAGAUCAAUCCUUCACAACCCUGAUGCUUUUCAGCGACUCAUGAAGUGGGCUAUAGAGCUAAGCCAAUAUGACCUCCUCUACCGGCCAAAAGCUGCAAUAAAAGCCCAGGCUUUAGCAGACUUCGUAGCAGAAUUCACCCCAUUAGCCGAAAAAGAGAAGUUGGUCAACCAAAAGAAGGAAAGUUCAAAAGCAGACGGGACCUCCGCAGAACCUAGCCAACCCAGAGACAUGUGGCAGUUGCGCGUAGAUGGAGCGUCGAACCAAAAAGGAGCUGGAGCAGGAGUCGUCAUCACCACCCCGGAUGGAACCCUGUUGGAGCAAGCUAUUACGCUUGGCUUUCCGGCCUCGAACAACGAGGCAGAAUAUGAGGCAUUGCUUGCCGGCCUACGCUUGGCAAAGGAGCUCGCAAUCAAAAGGCUAGCCAUCUACUCUGACUCACAAUUGAUCACGAAUCAAGCCUCAGGUGAAUAUAUGGCGAAGCACCCAAGGAUGAUCCUAUACCUUGACAAAGUCCAAGAGCUGUUGAAGGCAUUUCCCACCUUCACCAUUCAACAAGUGCCCCGGGCAGAGAACGCUCAUGCAGACGCACUGGCAAGCCUAGGAUCAGCGCUGGAUACCCAGUUCAGACGCUCCAUCCCGGUCGAACACCUUGACCGACCAAGCAUAGAAGAAAUAGAGCUAAUCGAUACCAUGCAGAUUGACGAGGACCCUAGUUGGCAAGACCCCAUCAUCGACUAUUUGACAAAUGGAAACCUGCCAACGGACAAGUCCGAAGCUAGAAAGGUCCAGCAGAAGGCCGCGAGAUACUACAUGCACGGCAACAAGCUCAUCCGCAGAUCAUACUCCGGCCCUCAUCUCACCUGCAUAAAGUACCCUCAAACACUUGAGGUUCUCUGCAAAAUUCACGACGGCGAGUGUGGCAACCACUCUGGGGGCAGGUCGCUCGCCCAGAAAGCUCUAAACAUAGGCUACUUCUGGCCUACCAUGCGUCACGACUCCGCUGAAUAUGUUAAGAAGUGUGAUCACUGUCAGCGAUACAAGCCAAUCCCUAACUUGCCUUCCGAAGUCUAUCAUCCGCAAAACAGUCCAUGGCCGUUUAUGCAAUGGGCCAUCGACCUAGUGGGUCCCCUGCCACCAGCGCCCGCCAAGAAAGAAAUGAUGAUCGUCGCCACCGACUACUUUACUAAAUGGAUCGAGGCCGAAGCUCUAUCCUCUACUAAAGAAGCCGAUGUGGAGCGAUUCAUCUGGAGAAACAUCAUAUGCCGGUUUGGCUGCCCACAGUCGCUGGUUAUCGACAAUGGCUCACAAUUCAUUGGCAAGCAGAUCACCGCCUUUUUCGCGAAACACAACAUUUGCCCAUAA